AAGCCAUUUUCAGAUCGAAAGCAUGUUGGUGUUGUUCGAAACCGCGGCCGGCCACGCGCUCUUCAAGGUCCAGGACGAAGGCAAGCUCGCCAACGUCGAUGACAUCCACAAGCACUUUGCGUCGUCGGACAAGGCCAGCCAAGUCGUCAAGUUGAAGGCCUUCAACGCCUUCAAGGACACGACCGAAGCUGUUGCCGCCGCUGCCGACUGCACGGAUGGCACGGUCGGCAAGAGCCUCAAGAAGUUCUUGAAGAAGCACGUCAAGGACGCCGGCGUCUCGGACAAGCUCGCCGUCAUGGACAAAGCCUUUGGUGGUAUCAUCAAGGAGAAGCUUGGCAUCCAGUGCGUGCACGACAAGUCGGUCGACGAGCUCAUGCGUGGUAUCCGUACCCACAUGAACUCGCUUAUCUCGGGCCUCGAGGACCAGGACCUCAAGAACAUGACGCUCGGUCUCUCGCACUCGCUCUCGCGCUACAAGCUCAAGUUCAGCGCCGACAAGGUCGACACGAUGAUCGUGCAGGCCAUUGGCCUCCUCGACGAGCUCGACAAGGAAAUCAACACGUACGCCAUGCGCGUCCGCGAGUGGUUCGGCUGGCAUUUCCCCGAAAUGGGCAAGAUUGUCACGGACAACCUCCAGUACGCCCGCACGGUCGUCAAGAUGGGCGUCCGCACGAACGUCAAGUCGCUCGACUUCUCGGACAUCCUCUCGUCGGACGUCGAGGCCUCGAUGCGCGAAGUGUGCGAAGUCUCGAUGGGCACGGACAUCUCGGAAGAGGACGUCAUCAACAUUGGCUCGCUCUGCGAGCAGGUCAUCUCGCUCACGGAAUACCGUGGCCAGCUCUUCGACUACCUCAAGAACCGCAUGAACGCGAUCGCGCCCAACCUCACGGUCAUGGUCGGCGAGCUCGUUGGCGCCCGCCUCAUCGCACACGCCGGUUCGCUCAUGAACCUUGCCAAGCACCCGGCGUCGACGGUCCAGAUCCUCGGCGCUGAGAAGGCGCUCUUCCGCGCCCUCAAGACCAAGCACGAUACCCCCAAGUACGGUCUGAUCUACCACGCGUCGCUCAUCGGCCAGACUGCCCCGAAGCACAAGGGCAAGAUCUCGCGUGUCCUCGCCGCCAAGACGGCGCUCGCUGUCCGCGUCGAUGCGCUCGGCGACGCUACCGAGGCCACGAUCGGCUUUGACAACCGCGCCAAGGUCGAGGCCCGCAUGCGCCAGCUCGAGAACGGCUUCACCGGUAUUGCCUCGGGCAAGGGCAAGGCCAAGACCGACGCGAAGAAGUACGUCAAGGAAGCCACGCCGGCCACCAAGGUGUACAACGAUGCGGACGACAUGAAGGUGCAGAAGAAGCGCAAGGCCGAGGACGACGACGAGGCGUCGGACAAGAAGAAGGCCAAGAAGGAGAAGAAGGCCAAGAAGGAGAAGAAGGCUGACGUCGAAGAGGAAGUCGAGUCGGAGGAGAAGGACAAGAAGAAGAAGAAGAAGAAGAAGUCGGAGUAAAUAAGCUCUCACCUGCCGACCGAUCCCCACCUAGUUUCUUUAUAAAUACAAACUUUUCGUUAUUUGCAUCGUAG